AUGGCGUCAGACGAAGGAGAUAUCAUAAUGCAUUCGAAAUUAAAAAAAAUGCCCGCCAAAAAACAACCGAGAAGUCCAACAUCGGAUAUUUUAAAAAAUCCUGACAGAAAAGUAUCUACAAAGGAAAUGGUUAACACGUCACUGUUGGAGUUAAAAUCGCGAAAGGGCACUUCUUUGUACGCUAUCAAGAAAUUCAUAAGCGAAAAAUACCAGGUAGAUGCUGAAAAAAUUAGUUAUAUCAUAAAAAAAUACUUGAAAACUGCCGUCGAAGCUGGCACCAUAAUACAGAUCAAGGGCAUAGGAGCAUCCGGUUCCUUCAAACUUGCCACCAUUAAAAAUAAAAUAGAAAAGAAAAAAGAAAUAAAAAAGAUCGCCAAGAAAAUGUCGAAACCAUCAGACAAGGAAGAGUCGAAACCGACGAAAGGAAAGAACAAAGAAAAAAGCAAAGAAAAAAAGAUCGUCAAAGAGAAACCAGAAAAGAAGAAUGAUAAAAAGGUGGAAGUUAAGAAAGUUGAUAAAAAGGAGAAAAUAUUGAAAAAGGAUAAACAAGAAAAACCCAAGCCUGAAGGCGGAAAAGAGAAAAAAACGAAAAGCAAGAUGGCGUUGGCUCGUACUCCCGCCAAAAAGCGGGCCGAUAUUAUAAAAAGAAAAAGUAUGGGGUCUAUCAUAAAACCACCAAAAAUGAAACCGAAAAUUAAGAAAUAA